AUGAAUCCUAAUAUUGCACCUCAUAAAUUUGCAUGUCAACUGGAUAGACAAUUAAGCUGUACGAGACGAGUGUUCAGCGAAAAAGGGCAAGGCAGAAAGACAUCGCGGCACGCCGGGCGGGACCCUAAACCGGAAAGUCCGAGCCUGAACGCGUGGAAGUUAUUGAGGAGAAGCAUGAUGAACUGCCUGAACCUUUGA